AUGUCGCCCGAAGUACUACCCCAUAUCACCACCCCGGCUCUCAUCCUUCUGGUCGCCUUGCCAGUACUGUUUUUCUUUUUGACAUCAUCUCGCAAAUCGGAACUCCCUUUCAUCAAUGCACGAAGAACAUUUGAAUUCGGUAAAUCACGCGCACGGGCGCGAUACAUGAAGGAUGCUGCCACGUUGAUCAAGAAAGGAUUGAGAGAGGCAGGAGUCUUUCGCAUCAUCACUGAUAACGGCACAAGGACAAUGCUGGCGCCCAAAUAUGCCAACGACAUCCGCAGCCUCCCUGAGCUGAGCUUGACUGAUAACUUGGCGACUGAGCUGCAUGUCAAUCUUCCUGGCUUUGAGCCAUUCCGGGUUACGGCCAACGAUAACAUCAUCCAAGAUACCGUCCGCGUCAAAAUUACGCAAAAUUUGGCAAACGCCAUGAUUCCGCUUUCCACAGAGGCUACCCACGUUCUACAAACGCAGUGGACGGAUGAAACAGAGUGGCACGAUCUGCAGUUGAAACCUGCCAUCCUAAAGAUGGUUGCACAACUUUCUUCCAGGAUCUUCCUUGGCGACAAGAUCUGCCGCGAUUCUGAAUGGCUUGAUAUUACGAUAAACUACACUGUCAAUGCAUUUACGGCUGCUCAGGAGCUCCGUCUCUUGCCAGAAUUCCUGCGACCAUUUGCCGUCCGAUAUCUGCCAACGAGUCGAAAGGCUCAGGCACAGCUCAGACAGGCAAGGAAAAUCAUUGACCCAGUUUUGAAAGAGAGACGUGCUGCUGAGCGCGCAGGGAAGGGCUUAGAAUAUCAUGAUGCUAUGCAGUGGCUCGAAGAUACUUCUAAAGGACGCAACUACGACCCAGCGGCGGCACAGCUUGCCCUCUCUGCGGCUGCCAUCCACACUACAACUGAUCUAUUCACCCAGACAAUUCUCGACAUCUGCAGUCAGAAAGACCUCAUUCACGCCUUACGGCAAGAAAUUAUUACCGUGGUCCAGGCUGAAGGAUGGAAAAAGACGACCCUUUACAAGCUGAAAUUGAUGGACAGUGUGAUCAAGGAGUGCCAGCGGUUGAAACCUAUGGCCAUUGCGAUUAUGGCACGCGUCGCCCGUAAAGAUGUCGUCCUUCAUGACGGACAAGUAAUCCCCAAAGGCGACAAGAUACUUGUAUCCUGCGAUAGAAUGUGGGAUGAAAAUAUCUAUCCCGACCCACUCAAGUUUGAUCCAUAUCGCUUCGCAAACAUGCGCACCACGGAUAACCCCAAGAAUGAAGCCGCCGCUCAACUUGUUUCGCCAUCGCCCGAGCAGAUGGGCUUUGGUUUUGGACAACAUGCUUGCCCGGGGCGCUUUUUUGUAGCGAAUGAGAUCAAGGUAGCUUUGUGUCAUAUUCUGUUGAAGUAUGACUUGCGAUUGGCAGACGGUUGUGAGCCCAAGGUGAUGAAGUUCGGGAUGAGAUUGGCAGCGGAUCCGUUGGCAAAGGUGUCUAUCAGACGGAGGAAGGAGGAAAUUCCUCUAUAA